CGCCGCCCCCGAUCCCCGCCCGCCCUGCCUGCCUGGCUGCCUCCCGGAAGGCUUGGCUCCGGGGCUGGGAAGGAGCCGAGCAGCCACCGCCUGGAGUGGACAUGGCUGCAGCCUGCAAGAAGAUCGCCAUCUUCGGCGCCACCGGCAUGACCGGCUUGGCUACCCUGGCGCAAGCCAUCGAGGCCGGUUACCAGGUGACAGUGCUGGUGCGGGACCCCAUUCGACUGCCCCCGGAGCUCCAGCCGGCACAAGUGGUGGUCGGCGAUGUGCUGAACCUGUCGGAUGUCAACCGAACCGUGAAGGGCCAGGACGGUGUGAUUGUGAUCCUCGGCACCCGGAACGACCUCAGUCCCACCACGAUGAUGUCUGAAGGAACCCGGAACAUUGUGACCGCCAUGAAAUCCAAUGGCAUCCGCAAAGUGGUGGUGUGUCUCUCAGCCUUCCUCAUGUGGGAUUUGGACAAGGUCCCCGCCAAGCUGCGGCCAGUGACAGAAGACCACAUCCGGAUGCAGCAGAUCCUGAAAGAGUCGGGGCUGGACUGCGUCUACGUUAUGCCGCCCCACAUCGCAGGUGACCAGCCGCUCACAGGGGACUAUACGGUGACGGUGGACACUUCGAGCGGAUCCAGAGUCAUCUCCAAACACGACCUCGGGCACUUCUUCCUCAAGUGCCUCACUACUUCGGAGUACGAUGGGAAGAACGUCUACCUCUCCCGGCAUUACCCCAAGGAGUGAUGCCUCCUCCCCUGGCCCUUUUUCUCCUUCUGCCCUCUUCCAAGAUGGAGGGGGAAGGCCCCCCCCCCCCCCCCCCCGCUCUUGUUGACAAAGGGAAACUCUCACUCGCUUUGCUGUCCCCUCUCUUGAUGCCGUCUCUCUGCCUUUUGUGCUCUCGAGUGCCUUUCUCCCGUGUGAACCCUGGAAGGGGGGAUGUACCCUACAAGUGUCAGGAAAUCGCGUGGCCACCUUUGCAUGCCAACAUCUUUCUGAAUUCAGGGUAGAAGGGGGAAUAGAACCGCGUAUGUCACACUUCUGCCCUGUGUGUGCUUUGUGCGGUGAUUUUGAGCUAUCAAGGAAGGAAUAGAUAUGUUAUAUGUUCUGGGUUUGAGGUCUGGGUAAACAAAGCAUUGGGUUGCUGUGCAUUUUCCGGGCUAUAUGGCCAUGUUCCAGCAACAUUCACUCCUAUUGUUUUGUCUGAAUCUGUGGCUGGCAUCCUCAGAGGUUAUUUUGGGAGUGAUGCAUAUACCUGUGGAAUGUCCAGGGUGGGAGAAAGAAUCCUUAUCUGUUCAAGCAGGUGUGAAUGUUGCAUUUAGCAAGCCUCAAUUAGCAUUUGAGUAACCAUGAUUUUUGCAAAGUCAACCAGUGAGGGGAUCUGCAUAGAGGUAGCCUGGCCUUUGUUGCCUGGAGGCAUCCUCUGUUUGGGAGGUGUUCUCUGGGAGGUAUUUUUUCUUAAGAUGCCAGCCACAGAUGCAGGCGAAACAUGGAGAGAAUGCUGCUGGAACAUGGUCAUAGAACUCAAAACAAUUCAUAGCAACCCAGUGAUUUCGGCCAUGAAAGCCUUCAACAAACAUAUUAUUAUUAUUAUUAUUAUUAUUAUUAUUAUUAUUAUUAUUAUUAUUUCGGACAUUUGUAUCACGUCCUAUCUCAACCUCCGCAAAGGGUCUCAGGGCGUCUAACAGUCGGCACACCAUGGUGCCCACAACCAAAAUCAUAAAUAUACAAUUUAAAUAAAAAAAUAUAAAAACAUUCAAACAGUCAAAACAUUGUAUCAUCAAAGGCUUUCAUGGCCAGAAUCACUGGGUUGCUGUGAGCUUUCCGGGCUGUAUGGCCAUAUACCAGAAGCAUUCUCUCCUGACAUUUCGCCCACAUCUAUGGCAGGCAUCUUCGGAGGUUGUGAAACCUCACAACCUUUGAGGAUGCCUGCCAUAGAUGCAGGCGAAACAUCAGAAGAGAAUGCUUCUGAAACAUGGUCAUAGAGCCCGGAAAACACACAACCCCCCAAACAAGAGAUUGCACCACCAGCCCCCUUCUUCGUGCAUGAAUGUAUAGGUUUUAGACUCACGCAGUCCUAACUGCAAAAUGGCCAAGGGUGCAUCUACACCGUGGAAAGAAUGCAGUUCAAUGUCACUUUAACAGCCAUCAUUCAGUGUUAUGGAUUCCUGGGGUUUUUAGCAUUCCCUAACAAGGACCAUGUCAAACUAUAACUCCCAAGUGGUCAUGGAAGUUAAAGUGGUGUCAAACUGCACUAACGCUACAGUGCAGACGCACCUCAAGUCUUGCUAAUCAAAAGGGUAACAUUGUGAGACAUUCCUUAGCUGGAAAGCGAAUAAGAAAUGCAUUUUUAAAAGGUGACCUACCAGGGCAAAGUGGCGAGAUAUGUUUGCAUUCAUGUUAACCGGCUACCUUUCUUUCUGUUUUGCCGCCAAGAGACCUUGUUCCAUCGUCAUUGCUGAGAAAGUCUGUGUAACUUGAAAGUAUACAUCCUGAUAACAGGCGCUGAUUGAAUAAAAAAGUAUAUUUUGACCUA